UUGGUUUCACUCAAAAAAGAGAGGAGAUGGCGAAAGGGAGAGGAGAGUGAGGGAAAGAAAAUAGGAGGAAGAGAAAAGGGGGCGAGAAAGGAGAAGGAGAGAGGGAGGGAGGGAGGGAGGGAGGAAAAAAACUUCAACCCAGAAGAUGCUCACGUUUGGCUCUCCUCAAUUAUCCCCUCCCGUGAAGAUAGAUAUCAAGCUGAAAUCAAGGAAUCGAGUCCAUGCGAGCUGCCAUCUGAUCCCCACACACACUUAUCAAUGAAGCAAGAGAUCAUGGCGGAUGGCCCCAGGUGUAAGCGGCGAAAACAAGCCAACCCGAGACGGAAAAACGUCCGCCGAUCCACUCAACUGGGAAGCUCUGCCCCGGAGAGUCGGUGCUGUCACUUUCUCUCACCUCAAAAAGGCGCCGCAAUCGACGGUGUAGGAUGCGAGCGAGAAAUUAUCCCGAAUUCGGCCCCGGGCCCGUUUCAGUGGCCAAACACAGAGGAGGAUGUUCGGAGGAUGAGAAUCAAUAAAAGCGAGACCCCACCACCAACCACCUGGCCAAAGGCUCGCCGUGCUCGUGCACACUUCGUCCUUCUGGUGUUCCUUCCUACGCCCAGCCUCGGCUCGGAAGAGGGCGGCCAGAGGAGCGGUCAAAAUGUUUCGUUCUCUGCCCGUUCCAAUCUGCGGCGCAAAGUUUCCGCCAGCGGGGCCUUUUUAACCGAUUCGGCGCGGAACCCUCGGCGGUUUUUACAUGCCGUGGGCGGUGCUGUGCAAAAUGAAAAGGUGCGCGAAGCAAAAGGUCAGUGGUGUCGAGUGGUCGCCCAACCCACUCAGGUGGGGCAGUAG